AUGCCGCUAUUGUGGGAUACUCACGGUACUCUCCGCCGGGUAGCAUUGUACGCAGGUAGUCUGACAUCGGCGAGGGUAUCAAUCAUGGGAUAUACCGCGUACGUGUUCCAAGACCGCCAGACAGUCGAGAGGCUGUGGAAACAGCCGUCCCUGUCCAGCUCGAUAUUCUUGUACAUGUAUAGCAUGAAGUUCCUCUUUGGGGCGCGAGAGCAGUUAAUGUCGGCCCUGCGGAUCGAUGACUCGGGCCCGUUUCCACAGCCUCACCCUGACAGCAAGAUUGCCUCCCACAAUCGCCUUCACUACAUCAUACACGACAGCCUGGCUCGCGGCCUAAGCGGCCCGGGGUUGGAUGCCCUUAUGGACAGCUACAUGAAGGGCGUGUCCCGGCGCAUACACGACCUGCAGGUGACAGAGGAUUGGACCGAGAUGGACGACUUCGCCAAGCUCCUCAAGAGUCUCGGCGGAGAGUCCGUCAUCGAGGCAAUCUUUGGACCUAAGAUGCUUGAUCUCAACCCAGGCUUCGUCGAUAGCCUGUGGGGGUUCGACUCCAAAUUGCCAAAGUUUGCAAGAGGAUUACCGUCCUGGGUCAUGCCCGGAGCACACAGGAAUCGGCAGCGGCUGGUCGAGCAGAUCAUGAGCUGGUACCAAUACGCCCGGCAGCAUUCUGACGAGUCGAAGCUGGAACAAGACGCCGACGGGGACUCCGUCUGGGGAUCGGCCAUGAUGAGAGACCGACAGAAAACCAUACUUCAGGUGGAGAAGCAGGACGACGAUGCUAUGGCGAGGCUAGAUCUCGGGUUGGCUUGGGCUGCCGUUGCGAAUGCGAUACCUUCGGCUACUUUGUCGGCCUUCCACAUCUUCAAGGACCCCGAGCUGCUCGUUCGCAUCCGCAAUGCCGUCGACAAGCACCUCGGGUCUCGCUCGUUUGCCGAAUUGGACAUCAAGGAGCUGACCAAGGAGCCGCUUCUUUCCUCGGUGUACGCCGAGACGCUGCGCCUAUAUAUCAUUGUGUACGCUACGGUGACUUCACCCCACGAGGACGCUUCUCUAGGCCGCUGGCUUCUCCCUAAAAACUCCCUUGGCGUGUUGAACUCGGGUCUCUCGCACAUGGACACCGAGUUCUGGAAUACCAAGAAUGGGAACUACCCCGUCGAGACCUUUUGGGCCGAGCGGUUUUGUGUCGACCCAGGUGAUAGCUCGAGCGGGCCCAUUCGCUCCGAGUGCAGAAAGUCGAUGAACCUGCCGGAUCCCGUGAGGUCCAAGGACGGGAAGCCGUUCAUUUCGACGCGCGGUCUCGAAGGAUCGUGGUUUCCAUAUGGAGGUGGUCGCAUCAUCUGUCCAGGCAGAGUCUUUGCAAAGUCUCUUAUGAUAUUUACCUGGGCUCUUCUGGCCAACGAGUUUGACGUCGAGUUUUAUACCUCUAAAUAG